GUGGCAAUGGUGAGGGGAGUGUGAUAUUUUAUAAAAUGGCCGCCAGUGUUGCUGAAGGAAUAGCUGAAGUCCCAGCAGAAGAGCCUGACCCACUGUGUUCAAAUGGGAAGCUGGUAGAUGUCUGCAGUAAAGACCUUUCAGUUUUGCAAUCCAAUACCGAAAAGCUUGUCAAUGGUGGGGCAGAAAUUCUAAUUCCCAAUGGUUAUCAUGAUGAAGAAGAGAAAAAUGACACUGAGUCAGAUAUAAAAUCUGAAAACGAUUCUACAGUGAAUAAUUCUGUGUCUGGGAUUCCAAACAAUGUGGAUGCUGUCACAAUAGCAGAAUGCACUGGUGGAAAAGAACCCAACCUAUCAAGAGACAGUACUCCACUAAGUGAUAUUAGUACCUUAACACCAGAGGUAUCAAGGAGUGGUACACCCGUGUCCUUGUUAGAGAAGACGGAGGAUGCCAAGCCAGACAAGACCCCUCCUUCACUGCCACAGGAGAAAGUCUCGAGAAGCUCUGAAGAAAGGUCCAUGGAUUCCACUGACAGUGGAACAAGUAUCAAAAGUUCCUCUUUAGGUCUCAAACACAAAGCAACUCCAAAAGCAAGAAAAUCAGGCCCACCGGCUAAAAAUAUUCUCCCAUCUGCUCUGGGAUUAAAGUCCUCAAAUUCAUCAGGAGAAAAUGUGAAAUUAAAUUUGCCCCAAUUUAAUAAUGCUAUAACUGUAGAUAGUAAAUUUUUAGAAAAAAUUAGUAAAAUAUCAUCUGUAAAAUAUGACAUUAAGCAUGAAAAGACACAUACUGUUUUACCCAUUGCUAAAGACAAUGCUGAAAAUGGUGAAGUGAAGCAAACUGUGAAAAAGGCUAGGGCAUCUCUGCCCAUAAAUUCUCAACCAAAGAUAAAAGUGGAAAAUUCAGAGAAAUCUGAGGGUAAUUUUUCAGACUCGUCUUUACUGGAGAAGGAUGCCUUUGGGAAGAUAAAGAAAAGAUCAAAGAAGAGAAGAAAAAUGGGUGCCUAUAAACUUCCAAGUGAGAUAAAGAAGAAAUUUGGUAGUAAGAAGAAAGAAGGAGACACCAACAGUUUGAAAGACGAGAGGGAUGAUGUUGACUCAAAGAAUGUAUGUAGUGAAGAAAAACAGUUUAUCAAUCUCAAACUAUCUAGUCCAGAAAAUAGUUCCAAGAAAUCAGCGUGGGACGUCAUGAAAUCUCCAAAAGUGACUCCUAAGGGCAAAAAUACUCUUGGUAGUACCAGACAGAAAAUGACUCCAAAUUCUGUCCAGGAAAAAACCAAGGCUCAGACUUCAUUGGAUUCUUUUUUGAAUCGUUGUGAGCAGAAAUCUAGUCACACAGGUACUCAGAAUGGAAACAGCUUCACUGAGUUGAAAGAUAGAAGAUCUGGUUUAAGAAAAAGGAAGAAAGAAGAUGGUAUAGAUGGUGAAGAAGAUGAAACGGGGGUGAAAGAUAAGAAAAUAGCAGAUACCAACACAGGCAAUAAGAAGAAAAGGAAAGAGGAGUCUAUAACAAUUGUUAAAGCAAAUUGUUCAAUGACUUCCCCUGUUGGAUAUCAGUCCCUGUUAACUCCCCAGAAAAGUGGCGGAAUCAGUACUUCAGUCCAUAACUCUCCUACGUUACAUGUUAUUGCCACGUCCAGGUCACUUGAAUCCUCUCCAAAAGCAGCAACAACUGUCGUAUCCUCCUCAUUGCUACCACAGAAUUUUACAAACAUUGUUCCUAAUAUUAAUGGCCCAGCCACAGUGCCACCUGGCUCCCAGAGUGUGAGACUACCCACCUUGACGAAGACCAAUUUCUUAACAACAGGUCAUGCUCCUUUACUAUUGGUUCCUGUUAACACCAGUGGACAGGUGGUGAACGCUGUACCUUUAUCUACCUCACUAGGAGUGAUGACCUCCUCCAUUCCUGGUCAGGGGUCAGCAGGUCAGAAGAUCAUUCUGUCUGUACCAGAUCCUAAGUUAAAUCCAACCAACAAACUGGGAGGUUCCCCUCCAAGAUAUAUUUUAAUGCAAAAUGUUCGCAGUAGCUUUGCGCCGCGUUCUACCUUAGCACCGGGAACUGCUGUGCGGCCACAGUUAAUCACCUCCACUAUGGGGCUGGCAGCGGUGCCCUUCACCAAACCAAUCAACAGUUCUCCAUCUACUACCAAGCCCAUAUCUGUAUAUAGUAAUCAGUCGUAUGGCGAAAAACCGUCUGUGAUAAAUAAUCUGUCUAAUAAACUUGAUUCUAUGGACAAAAAAGAAACCGAAUUAAUGGAUGAUGAGCGUUCCGUAUCGCCCUCCCCGAGCAGCCUUAGUUACCCUGUCACACCCCCUAAAACCCCCGAGGAGGAUGGGAGCGAGGACUCCAUGUCUGUUUCUUCUCAACGUAAUCAUGGUAACGCAACAUUCAUUGGGAUUAAGUAUGUCCAUGCCCCUCCUGGUCCUAUCCCACCAGACAAGGAUGUGAUUCCACUGUGUUGCUGUAAAAUUAAUGGUGCUUGUUUUAAGAAAUUGGGAUCUAGUGUGAUGUACUGUCAGGCUUUGGACUCUGUGGAUGGCAAGGUUAUGGGCUGUUGCAAUAAAGUGACCAAUUCUCAGCUGAUCAGACCAGGAGUAAAAAUUCCAUUUAUGGCCAUUUGUGAGGCACACAGAAAAAGACUAAAGCUUCAUCAGUGUUGUCCAGGGUGUGGUCAUUUUUGUACACAGGGAACAUUUGCCCAGUGUAGGAAGAUUCCCGAGAGUAGCAAUGGCGUAAAGUAUCCCAUUCAUCAAUUCCACAAGCAGUGCCAGGUGCUGAGGAAUGGGAGGUACUUCUGUCCUCACUGUGGGGAGGAGUCAGAACAGUUUGAGGUUGCUCUACAGAUGGACGAACCCCGUAGCAUGACCAACUUUGAGGAGAAAUACAAUAAACCACAGGUUGCCAGAGCUAAAAUGGGUAUUCAUUCUAAUACCUAUAGAAAUUUCACAAAAGGGGACAAAGACCCUUCAGAGGAUAUGGUCACAGGUAUCCACAAGGUCCAAGACAAGACGGUUUCCACCGGUGGUCUGCCCAUGGGGCCUGAUAAGACAGCAUUAGAAAAAGUUAUACUAUCUUUUUCUGAGGAAAGGCCUAAAACGAAAAAACUUCCUAAAUUUAUAUAUAAUCCAGCAUAUGAAGGAGACUUGGAAAAAUUCAUGAUUAUGAUUGGAGAGGGAUUUGACAUUAAUGAAAAGGUAGAAGAUUUUGAUAAUCAGACCCCCCUUCAUGCUGCUUGCAUAGCUGGAAGUCUCCCCAUAGUUCAUGUGUUGAUUCAGAUGGGGGCAUUUAUUCAUGCUGUUGACAAAGAACUAAAGACCCCUCUGAUGUAUGCAGCUGAAAAUGACCAUAUAGCUCUUGUCAAGUACCUGUUGAAAUGUAAAGCUAACAUAAAACAGAGGGCUGAAGAUGGCAUGACUGUUUUACAUUAUGCUGCUAAGGCAGGCCAUGUGGAUGUUCUGAAGGUUCUGUUGGAAUCAGAUGAUGCUGAUGUCAACAUGCAGGAUGAUGGUGGUUGGACCCCCAUUAUUUGGGCAUCAGAACACCGGAUUGUCCCAGCAGUGAAGUACCUCAUUAAAAAUGGAGCUGAUCCUAACAUGAAAGAUAAAGAGGAGAACACGAGUCUACACUGGGCAGCUUAUUCUGGUAGUGUAGACAUUGCAGAAAUGUUUCUCAAUGCAGGCUGUGAUCUAGAAACACCAAACGAACAUGGAGACAGGCCUUUGCAUAUAGCAGCACGACAGGAUCAUUAUGAGUGUGUGGUGCUGUUUUUGGCUAGGGGUGCUGAUGUUGAUGCCAAAAACAAAGAAAACGAUUCUCCAAUUGAGUGUUGUAUUGAUGAGAACAGUCAAUCUGCCCUGGCACUGAGAGUAAACAAACAGCUGAAAGGGUUCGCAGCAGCGCGACUUGGACGUGCAGAAAAACUGAUAGACAGAGAUGUGUCGAGGGGCCGGGAAAACAUUCCGAUAGCUGUCAUCAAUGGUGUGGAUGACGACCCGGUACCCACAGACUUCCAGUACAUCACAGAAAAUGUGGAGACCACAAAUCUUAACAUUAAUCGUACCAUCAGCAGUCUACAGAGCUGUAGAUGUAGUGAUGAUUGCUCCUCGAUGUACUGUGUGUGUGGCAGGAACAGUGUCAAGUGCUGGUAUGACAAGAAUUACCACCUGCUACCAGACUUCAAUAUGGCUGAACCCCCUCUGAUCUUUGAGUGUAACAAGGGCUGUAGGUGCUGGAGCACUUGUAACAACAGGGUGGUACAGAACGGCAUUACAUGCCGACUCCAGCUGGUGAAGACAGACGGCAGAGGAUGGGGAGUGAAGACAUUGCUGGACAUUCCCAAGGGCAUAUUCAUCUGCGAGUACAUUGGUGAGCUGAUAUCCGACUCCGAGGCAGAUGGAAGAGAAGAUGACUCAUACUUGUUUGAUCUUGACAAUAGGGAUGGUGAUACAUACUGUAUAGAUGCAAGGCGGUACGGAAACAUCAGUCGUUUUAUCAACCAUCUCUGUGAACCCAAUAUCAUUCCUGUUAAAGCAUUUGUGGACCACCAAGAUUUACGUUUCCCUCGAAUCUGUUUAUUCUCCUCUAGAGAUAUCAAAGCUGGUGAAGAGUUAGGAUUUGAUUAUGGGGAGAAAUUCUGGAUUAUCAAGUGGAAGCAAUUUACAUGUGCUUGUAAUUCGCCCAAGUGCAAAUACUCCAAGGACACGAUUCAGAAGACACUGCAGGAGUAUCGACAGAGACAUGAAGAGGAGGAGCCGAUCGACUAAGUGCCUCGAGGGCCACGCCCAAGAGAAGCCAUCACGUCGCAUCAACUUACCAACCAAACUACUGUAAAAUAGAGGGACUGUACUCAUGCUGGAUAGAACUUGAUGGUGUUGGUCAUCAACUUUUGUCAAUGAUGUGCUAGUCUGUAAAAGUAAUGUUAUUAUGAAGUACCAUGUACUUAAAAUAAUACUAAGUAUAAAUUAAUUUAUUUGUAAAACAUGCAUUAACAACAGGGCCAAGUUUGCAUGACUAGAUGAAGUUUUAAGCUGCAUCAGUAUAUAUGCAAUCAAAGCAUGAUAGAUUACAAUACACUCUUGUAAUUGUGACACUUAAUGACACCAAUGCACCAAGUUUAAAGAAAUUGAAAUAUGAGAGGUUUUCUGGUAUUGAUGAUUGGUGUUUUGUGAAUGAAUUGGCAUGAUUGAUCUCCUAGUAUAUAUUAUAUACAUGUGUGUGUGUACUAUAAUAAGCUGCAACUAUUAUGGGUUUUUUUUUAUUAUUAAAAAAUGUUUCCAUAAACUAUAUGAAAUGGUUGAACCAUGUUCCAAUGUUUUCUACCAUAUUACACUUAAAACAAAUUCUGUGGUAUUUGAAGCGUGAACAUUUUAAUGAAGAAUGAUUCUUUAUGUAACAAGGCAUUCAUGUCUUCAGCAUUUUAAAAAAGAGAUUUUUGUUGUUUGUAAGGUUUAAAACAACUGAAAGUUAAAAUGUUAUGAACAAUUUUUAUAUCAAUCAUGAGAAUUAAUUUUAUAACGUAAUGGAAUUUAAGAAAAUUAUCAGUGUGUAUACUUGAAAUAACUAGAUGGAAUAUUUAUUGAGGAGAACUAUAUUUGUUUUUAUCCAUGAACUUAAAACAUUGUGGAUACUUAAAUUUUUAAAUUUUAGUGUAUAUAGAUUAUUUUUUACUAAUAAUUGAAGCUUACCAUUAUUUGAGAAAAAUCUAUACAAGUUUAUACAGUUAAAGAAAUAUGUUUUAUACAUGCUCAUAUUCUUGAAAUAUCUUUAGAAUAUUAAAGGAAGUUGACAAUAAAGUUUCACAGUGUCAUAUAUGAAAGUGUAAAUUUUCAGUGCUAGAAAUUCUGGGUGAAGUUGUAAACUUAAAAAACAAACCUGAACAAUGGGAAUUGUUUGAUGACUGAUUUUAAUUCACACUUUGUAAAUAAAGUAGUCAACAAUACCAA